AUGAGGGACAGGAUCUUAAAAACGACGGAGAUCGUGUUCCUUCUCAUUUUGCUGGGAGUAGUAUCUGGAAGAAGAACCCAGUUGCUACAGGGCUUACCUGCAACAAGCACUGUUGAAGAAAAUGCAGCAGCUGGUGUUUCCAUUCAUACCUUUACUGUAAAUGCUUCUCGAGGUGUUGUAAUGCUUCCUACCAUAGUGAAUUCAAAUCCAUUUACAGAAGCUUUUGGAAUUGUACCAAAAGGAGGUUUUGAAUACGAGGUUGUUACCACUGGAAACCCUGUCCUAGAUUAUGAAACUAUGCCAAAGAGCUUUGAUUUACAGAUUUUGGUUACAGACACAACUGGGAGAAGUGACCUUAAGAUACUGACUAUCCGUGUAACAGAUAAAAAUGAACGUCCUGUAUUUCGAGGAACUACAGCAAUUCAAACUAUCUAUAUCUUGGAAGGAACACCUCCAGGACCCAUUUACCAAGUUGAUGCAGCUGAUCCUGAAGAUGCUGAACUCAAAUAUUCACUACUCUCUUCAUCAGUGCCAUUCUCCAUCAUGGAAAGUGGAACCAUUUUUUCCACAAAAACAUUUGAUUAUGAGAAAUAUCCACAUAGUUACGUUUUAAGUAUAGCUGUGACAGAUCCAGAUGGACUCAACUCGACUAAAACAGUGAACAUAAAUAUAAUUAACAUCAAUGAUGAAAGACCCUACUUUACCAUAAAACAGAAUAUCUACAGGAUUCCAGAGGAGCAAAGCCCAGGCACUGUUGUUGCCAAUAUAACAGCUAAAGAUCCUGAUGAUGGAGACUCUCCUGGCAGACUUUUCUACAGCAUCCAGUCUUCUAACAGAUAUUUUUUCAUAAAUCCAUCAACUGGAGUGUUGCAGGUGACUGGGAGAAUAGACCGAGAUGCCUCUCCACUGAGGCUCCAUCCUAAUGUCUCAGUGAUAGUCCGGGUGAAGGACAGUCCCAGAGGUGGUCAUACCAGUGAAAUAGCAAUCACAAUCAUUAUUGAUGACAUCAAUGACAACCCACCAGAAUGCAAGCACUCUACCUUCAGGAAAGAGGCAAAUGAAAAUAUGGCUGCUGGGACACCUCUUCUUGGUCUUAGAAAUUACUGUAAAGAUAUUGAUGUUGAUCCAACAAACAAUCAAUUUAAUUUCACUGAAUUAUCUGGUUUUGGAAGCAAUAACUUUGCUCUGGACUCCGCUGCAUCUGGAAAACUUGUGAUGACUAGAACUAUUGAUUUAGAAAACACAACUAAUCUAGGAGUUGAAGUCUAUCCUUUGACUGUCAGGGUACAGGAUAUUGCCCGUCCUGACUACUCAGAUAUCAUCUACAUUUACAUCAGAAUAAAGCCAGUGAAUGAAUUCUUUCCAGUUUUCAACAACUUAUCGUAUGAAUUUAAUGUUCCAGAAACUACUAAAGUUGGAUCCAGUAUUGGAAGAGUAAAUGCCAGAGACAAGGACUGGCCGCCCAGUGUCAUCACUUAUUCCAUUGUUGGUGGAGGAGGCACUAGAGAUUACCCAAAUAUCUUCUGGAUCAGCCAAACCAAAGGAGAUGUUAAGAUUUUAGCUAGAUUAGACUAUGAAACAUCUCGAAAACACAUUCUCACAGUACAGGCCUCAGACCAGGAGAAGACUGCAACAGCAUCUGUAACUGUCAAUAUUUUAGAAGUAAACGAUGAAGAACCUGUUUGUUCACCCAACUUCUAUUCAUUUCAAAUCCCAGUCAGUUUAGCUGUUGGCACCAAUAUUAAUGGCUUCAGGAUAGAAUGCCAAGAUCGAGAUUCUGAUCCCAGGUCUUUCCGUUACUUCAUUAAUGAAGGCAAUGUGAACAACCAUUUUACCUUUUCACCAAGUGCUGGCUCCAACACAUCUCAACUGAUUCUUGCAUCAGGAUUUGACUAUGAGAGUGGGCUUGAUACUAACUGGAUUUACAGACUGAGUGUCUAUAUAACAGAUGACAAUUUGCUAUCUGCCAGGGACAGAACUACACACAUAACUAAAACUGGAACGGUGUCUUUAAGAAUCAGAGUUAUUCCAAACCCAACUACUGUCAUUACCACAACGCCUGGCUUCACUGUUGUGACGAGAAGGGAAAACCUCUACUCUGAGUCGGCGUGGUACGUGCCGUUUGUCAUCACCCUCGGCAGUUUGCUGCUCCUCGGACUGCUUGGGUACCUGGGGUUCCUGCUGGUGACCUGGGUCCGCACACACUGCCCUCCAGCAGCCAAAGCAGACAGCAGGAAUCUGAUAAAAGUUCCAGGAAAGAAGAAACCAAAGAAAGAAGUAGUUUUGACAAUGACAAAGCUGAACACUGUCUUUGAUGGAGAAGCUAGAGACCCAGUUACGGGCAAAAUGUACGAAUUCAAUACACGGUCAGGUGCCCGGAGGUGGAAGAAGAGCAAUGAGCCUCUUCAGCCAGCAUCAGACCUGCAGGCAACAUCCAGUGCCACAGGUGGUAGUGGCGAAGGGACAGACAGAUCAGAGGCAUCAAGCAAAAAAAAACCUUCAGAGAAGAAAGAGCAGACUAAAUAGAAAAAGCAAGCUGCCAAGCCCAUGGAAGAUUACAAAAGCAGAAAGAGAAGUCUGAGGACAGGAUUUUACCCUCAUUAGCCUCCCAGGGCAGAUACUGACCUCCUCUCCCAAAAUGAACACUGAGUUGCCAUUAAAGCAGAGUACAUAGAACUCCAACUCAGCUCCCAAACUACCCCUGCUCUGAACAGCUGAAGAAUCAGAUGUGAUUUUCUCUCUAUAUAGCUCAGCUGCAAAACAUAAGGUAGCCAUUGCUGUGUAAGCUGAAUCCAAAGGCAGAAGCUAGACUUACCUUUGGCAGGUGCAGAUAAGGGUGGGAGAGAAAGAUAUGAAAGGGGGAGAAGAGGAAACAAAAGCAGAGUCAUGGACAGAAGCAUCUGUUUCCCACUGCUCCAAGGUUACAGACGCUGGCAGUUUCCUCCUGGCAGAGCUCUGAACUGACACAGACACAUCCUCUGACUACCUUUGGGGCAUCAUACACCACAGACAUGCUUUGUCAACAGUGAAUGGGGUCUCCUGACUCUGCUGGGUAGCAAAAUGGGUGAAAAGCACAUCAGGGUUGAAAAGUUUGUAGGUAAAUGCCAAAAAUAUUGCCUUUUCAUUAAGUAUUUUACUUCAGCUCUUCUUCGUCCUUCCAUUUUGCUGUAGAAAAAUGGAAGCACAGCUUGAAAGCAGUUUUGGAGUGCAGAAAAGCUGCAGCUUGUUAUGGCAUCUCAGGCUGUCAUGCCAACACUUUCAGGUGAUUGGUUUUUUUCUGCACACUAGAAGCGUUCAGUAUCUUCACCUUUAGUAUUUCCUCUGGCUUAUUUAAUGCUUUACAGA